GGAACAUGAAAAUUCAAAAUAAACAAAAUUUAAACCAGAAAUGGAAACUCGCUUGGAAGUCCGUUUAAAAGAGCCCAACCCUUUAUUCACAAAAUGGCUUCAACGCUGGCUCGAACAAGCCGAGAAACAUAAUCAAAAAUCGCAAUAUAAGCUCCGUCAAGCUUUGGAGGCGUUAAAAACUUAUCCAUUGCCACUCUACAGCGGGCGAGAGUGUGCUAUAUUACGGGGCUUUGGUAAGAAUCUAUGCCAGAUGAUAGACAAUGAGAUUGCCAAGCAACAAGAGAAUCAAGUGAGUCAAGGGGGUCAAGCACAGGACUAUCAAGAGGAAGUCGAAAAGGUAGUCAAAGAGGUGCAAAAGAAGCAGCAGCAGAAACAACCAAAGGAAAAGAAAUUAACUAAGAAGCAGCGUGAGGAGCUGGAGGCUCUGGAAGAGCGGACACGACUAGUCGAGAUGCCCAGCGGUAGUUUUAGUAUUAAACUGUUGGUGGAUAUCAAAGAAACCAGUGGCAAGAACAAAAAGGUAUUAGAUCAAACCAGAUCGUAUUUGGAAUCGUUGCAAGUCCAGCACGAAGUGCGUCGCUUAACAGUGGGAGAUUUCCUUUGGCUGGCCCAAGAUUCGCAGGGCAAUGAACUUGUUCUACCCUAUAUUGUGGAACGCAAACGAAUGGAUGAUCUGGCCUCCAGUAUACGUGAUGGACGAUUUCAUGAGCAAAAGCAUCGGCUAAAACAAUGCGGCAUACCCAAUCUGAUCUAUUUAAUCGAAGAUUAUGGCCAAAAUGAGCAUUUAGGCUUACCCAUGGAUAGUCUAAAGCAAGCCUGGACAAAUGCCAAAAUUCAAAACAAUAUACAAAUCAUUAGAACCGAAAAUCACUAUAGAUCCAUGUUAUAUUUGUCCAAUCUCACGAAGCAUUUAACGCAACUGUUUGCCUCCAAAGAGCUUUACAGUGUAAUGGAGAAGAGUUGUGACCAAUUCAAUCCCAUCAACGAUGUACGUGUGGGACUAUUGAAGUUUCGUUCCCUCUACGAGGAUUCAUCGCGCAGUGCCAGCCUUACCGUACGUGAGGUUUUCCUGCAACAGUUACUGCAAUUGCAUUCACUUUCCCUGGAGCGGGCCUUGGCCAUUGUCGAGAUGUAUCCAACGCCUCGUCUACUGAUCGAUGCCUUUGAGGAAACACAAGAUCCAAAUCUAUUGGCCAGCUUGCCAUGUGGCCCAUUGGCACGUCCAUUGGGUGCAAAAUUGAGUACAUUAUUGUAUGAGUUUUAUUUUAGUGAUUUUUAAUUUGGGACAUAUCUAAAA